UCGGGGUGUUUCGUGGUAUUUGCCAUUUCACCGUUUUUAGCCUCAAUCAAUUGCAGUUUUACAGCACGAGAUACUUACUUGUAAAACGAGAGGAAAUUUGGCAAUCUUUGAAAAUAUUUCUUAAAUUAAAGAAAAACUGAAAAAAAAUUAACAUGUCGAACUGGGAAGAUGAUAAUCGUAGGAGUGCUGUGGAAUCACAUUAUGAGGAAGAUGCAAGCCGUGGAAGCCCGCCUUCAAACAGUCGAUGGGGACAAGACAAAAGAAGUGACGAUUAUGGUAAUCGUAGAGAGCAGCGUGGUCGUGAUGGUGGUGGUAGAGGCGGUAAUGGCGGCCGUAGUUAUGAUUUUAAAGAAACCAUUGAUCUACGCAGUGAUUGCAUUGGAAUGAUUAUUGGCAGAGGUGGCUCGAAUAUUCAACGUCUACAAACAGAUUACAGUGUGCGUGUCGACAUCGAUAAGAACAGUGGAACCGUCACUGUAUCUGGUAACAGUGAGUCUGAUGUCCAAAGUGCAUUGAAUAAUAUUAAGGAUACAAUGGACAGAGCAGAAAGUCGCAGCAGCGGUGGUGGUGGCGGUGGACGUGGUUAUGGAGGAGGUGAUGGCGGCGGCUACCGUGGUGGUGAUAGGGGCAGUUCAUACAAAAGCCGCUAUGAGCCGCGUGAAAAUAAUGAUUCUUACGGCAGAGGUGGCGGCGGCGGAAAUUAUUGAUAAUUUGGCAACCGUGCAAGCGUGUUUUAUGUAUUAAAAAACUUGGCAAUACUUUUAAUUGUUCUUAUAUCAAAAUAAAUAUUGGCAACCUUAAAUACAACAACAA